UUAAUCCGACAGGGAUUGAAGUCAACGGAGUGGAGAAAGAAAAGCAUAGAGGAGUUUUACAGCUUCAACUCCGAAAAGACUGACUUGUAGACGAUGCUAUGGUCAGACAGGAGCACUAAAAGGAGAAUAAAGAAGUUGUUUAACAUUAGCGACAAAGUUUAGAGGCGAGGGGUUUUUUUUUUUGGAGGGGGGAGACGCAGCCCUUGACGGGGUAGUCCGCUGAGCGCUCAACAUGGAUGUCCGGGGAGCAACGGAGCGGCUCUGAGGAGGAAUUAAGGCCGUUUCUGGGUUAUUUCUGGUCGGGCGUUUGUUUGAAGGAGCGGAGGAGGAUUUCAAAGCAGCGGCCUCUCUAAGAACAGGUGUUGAGGAUGUGGAGGCGAGACGUGCCGCUCUCAGAGAGACUGGGAGAGGACUCUCCUUUGGCCGCAGCGCCCAGCCUGCCACCAACGGCAGCCCCGAUGGGCCCCAAUAUCUCAUGGCUUCCUGAAGCCCCUCUACUGACCCCAGACCAGCCCAUCUUCCUCAUGACUCCCGCGGCGCAGGCUGUUUCUGGAUUCUUUGUCUGGACCGCACUUAUCCUCACCUGUCACCAGAUCUACAUGCACCUGCGUUUCUACAGCUCCCCUCGAGAGCAGCGCCACAUCGUACGCAUCCUCUUCAUCGUUCCUAUCUACGCCUUCGACUCUUGGCUCAGCCUCCUCUUUUUCACCAACGACCAGUACUACGUGUAUUUCGACACCGUCAGGGACUGCUAUGAGGCGUUUGUGAUUUACAACUUCCUAAGUCUAUGCUAUGAAUACCUUGGAGGAGAGAGCGCCAUCAUGGCAGAGAUCAGAGGAAAGCCCAUUGAGUCCAGCUGUAUGUACGGUACGUGCUGUCUGAGGGGAAAGGCCUACUCUAUCGGCUUCUUGCGGUUCUGUAAGCAGGCCACUCUGCAGUUCUGCGUGGUCAAACCCCUCAUGGCCGCCAUCACCGUCAUCCUGCAAGCCUACGGAAAGUACAAGGACGGAGACUUCAAUGUUGCUGGCGGUUACCUGUACGUGACCAUCAUCUACAACAUCUCCGUUAGCUUGUCUCUGUACGCCCUCUUCCUCUUUUACUUCUCCACCAGGGAGCUGCUCAGCCCGUACAGCCCCAUGCUCAAGUUCUUGAUGGUCAAGUCGGUUAUCUUCCUCUCCUUCUGGCAGGGCAUGUUGCUAGCCAUCCUGGAGAAGUGCGGGGCCAUCCCUCAGAUUAACUCAGAGGAGGUGUCCGUCGGCGAGGGGACGGUGGCUGCUGGUUACCAGAACUUCAUCAUUUGCAUCGAGAUGUUUUUCGCGGCGCUGGCUCUUCGCCACGCUUUCACAUACAAGGUCUACAUGGACAAGAGUCUCGAUUCACGAGGCCGCUGUGCCCCUAUGAAGAGCAUCUCCAGCAGCCUGAAGGAGACCAUGAACCCGGGGGACAUGGUCCAGGACGCCAUCCACAACUUCUCCCCAGCCUACCAGCAGUACACCCAGCAGGCCACGUUGGAGCAGGGCGCGCCGCCGCCCGUCACCCGCGCCCACAGUGCCAUCAGUGCCCGUGGCGACACAGAGAAAACUCUCCUGCUCAGCUCCGACGACGAGUUCUAGAGCAGGAAAGGUCACGUCCACAGCUGAAUCAGAUUCAGACUGUUUUAUUGGCGGAUGGUACUUCAUCCUCCCGUGCUGCUGCUCCUCUUCAAUGUGUGAAUGAUUAGAGAGUUGUGAGCUUGUUUUCCUGUUUUUGAGACUGAUCUUGAAUGCGAGGACCUUCCUGACAUUUCUACACCCACAUUUCAUCUUAUUUGGUGGCAACACUUUCAGUUGGCUUGUUGUUAAAACCGUUGGCAAGAAAAUGAAAAGGGUUGUGUCCGUUUAUGGAAAGUUUAUGAGUCACACUUGUUCAUACUGAAUCAUAGCUGACUUUUGGAAAAUAUUUUCUGACUUGGAUAGAAGCAUCAUUUCACAUUUCAGCUCAGUCACGUUUGCUUUGCUCAAAUGUGUUUCUCAGUGGCAAUGUGAUGGUCCUAAUGGGUGUCAUUUGUUUUUGUUCUGGUCUAGUGUGAUUUGCAUUUUGAAGGCGUUAUUGUGUCCAGAUCGUCAUAGGCUGUGUUUAUAAAGGUUUCUCCAGUCAUGAUAACCCUAAAAAAAGUAAAUUUAAGUCUUUUUUCCGUAACGGGAAAUGGAAAAAUGUAUUAAAGUUUUAUAAAACUUUUGAACUUUUUAUUUUGUAAACUUGAAACCAAAUAAUUUGUACCAAUUAGUUGGUCUGCAGAUGCAUUAAUGUCCAACAGAAGCUGUUUUCAGUACCGCAGCAGUCAUAAAAAUGUGGUACAAAGCUAUGGAAAAAAAUGUGUAAUUAAUUAUAAGAGAAUUGUGGGGAUUUAAGGGACGUCCUUCACUCCAGCAUGGGGAUGAUUUUUAAAGGGAAACCAAGUCAAAAACACGAGUUAAUGUCAGCUGUAUGGAUCAAUGUUGUUAUUGUUAUUGGUGGAACAGAUGAGAGCAGGCAGAGCAGAUUAUAGAUUGUACAAUGCCUCUGCUGCAGCAGUCCAGGGGGCGGCAGGAGUGAAGGGCAGCAGAGCUGGUCAGGAUUACACCGGUGUAAGUGGGGCGGUAUUUGAAGAGCUGGGAUUAAAGCUCGAGCCAGUUCACUCUGGCGGUACACCACAAUGUGGGGAAAAACAGAAGAGGAAUAUAGGUUAAUGCUAACUUUAGACCCCUGUUCUCAAUAGAGGAGCUUUUUCUUUUAGUAGACUAUGUACAUGACUAAAUACUAAAAAUAGACAUUUAAAGUUAAACUGAAACUGUUUGUGCUGUUAAACUUCUCAUAUUUAUUAGGAACCAUUUUUAGUGCCGUCAGUUUUACAACAUUUUAAACUUGGAGAAGCUAUCACAUCAGAAAAAUAAAAAACACACAAGUUUUUCAUUUUCAUGUUCGACCAAGUGAACACAAAUGUUAAAUAUAAACACAGAGGAUGUAGGUACAUACUGAUUUCUUAGAACCGAUUCGUUUUAGUUUGACUUUGGCUUUCAAUUAGUUUGAGUAGUUUCAUUUCAAGGCAGUGCGUUUUCAACCCCAUCUCACAACCUGAUGUUCCUGAUUGGCUCCAAGUACUUAAGAAAUAGUCAAAUCCAAAUCCAUCUAAAUGAGUUUUCUGCAUUUGUCCUGAUACAGCUGCUGACAAAGAGCCGUAGUCUUCAAUUUAACAUUAUACAGCUCUUAAGGAUCAUUAGCACCAUAAUUUCAAUAUGCUCUCAGAAAUAAACUUCACAUUGCUGUUUCUUUGACUUGGAUGCUCCUCUGUUCUUCCAGGGAGUCUUUUUAGUUGUUUUUUUUUUGGUCUUUUUUUGUUUUCUUUUUACACAUAAUUGAAGUUCUUGAGUCAUACUUAAUCUGCCGACGUCUUUAACUGCAACUCUUUCCACUGCUCUGCUGUAUCUCUGCGUGAACACCAGGGGGCCGUGUGGACAGGAAACAUGAACACAUUCACUCUUAUCUUCAAGCAGUUAUCGGACACUUUAAGCUUGGUGCACAUGUAACAGAGAAAGAAAAAUGCUUUGUCUGAGCACCAGUCUGUCAAUUGGCUAUCUUCUCAUCACAUUGUGUGGCGGUGGAGAAUAAAAGCAGGCCCCUGCCUCAGACAGUCA